AUGCGUGUUAUUCCUCUUUUUCUGGCUAUUGGGCUGGCCAGCGCGUUGGAAAAUGGUCUCGCACGGACGCCUCAGAUGGGAUGGAAUACCUGGAACUCCUUUGCGUGCGACAUGAAUGAGACUGUCGUUUUACAAGCUGCCGAGAAAAUCGUUUCGCUGGGUUUCAAAGAUCUUGGUUACCAUUAUGUUGUCAUGGAUGACUGCUGGUCCGCAGGUCGUAACUCCUCUGGUUAUCUUAUUCCAGAUCCCGACAAGUUCCCCAAUGGAGUUGCCGACAUAGCGGAUAAGAUCCAUGCCAUGGGAUUGAAACUCGGGAUCUACUCUAGUGCAGGUACUUUGACCUGCGCACGGUACGCCGGUUCGCUGGGGUACGAAGAGAAAGACGCCGCGUUGUGGGCAAGCUGGGGCAUUGAUUAUCUGAAGUACGACAACUGCUAUAACCAAGGAGAAGAAGGCACUCCCAAGCUUUCCUACGACCGCUACAACACCAUGGGCAAAGCACUCAAUGCCACUGGCCGACCUAUCCUGUACUCCCUUUGCAACUGGGGUGUAGACGGCCCAUGGAACUUUGCUCCUACGAUCGGCAAUUCUUGGAGAAUGAGCGGUGAUUUGAUCAACGUUUGGGAUCGGGAGAAUGUCAACUGCCCUUGCUCUGAAACAGAGGGUCUGGACUGCAAGACUCCUGGAUAUCAAUGCUCUGUCAUGAAUGUCCUCAAUAAGGCCGUGUACUACGCAUCAAAACCGUAUGCAGGUGCAUGGAAUGAUCUAGACAUGCUCGAGGUCGGAAACGGCGGCUUAACAGACACCGAGGCAGUCGCCCAUUUCAGUCUUUGGGCGGCACUCAAAUCGCCUCUUCUCAUGACAAACGUAAUGACCACUAUUGACGCGCCUACUCUUUCCAUCUUGCAGAACACGGCCGUGCUAGCCGUCUCCCAAGACCCGGAGUCGUCGUCCGCUGUGCGUAUUUGGCGCUACUAUGUUGAUGGCGGCCAGAUCCAGAUGUUCAGUGGCUCGUUGAGUGGUGGUGACCAGCUGGUCUUAUUAUUGAAUGGAGGGUCUAUGGCGCGUAAGAUGAAUGCCACUCUGACUGAUAUCUUCUGGGGCGAUGGGCCCGAGGGUACCGCGUCGGAGAUCAAGAGUAGCUGGGAUGUGUAUGACCUUUGGGCUGACAGGAUGAGCAAUGCAACUGCGAAUGCCAUUAUCGAGGGCGGGAAUGUGACGCGACCGAUUAAUAUGUCUACUCUUGGUGGGUAUGAGAAAGUUUAUGCGCAGCAGCCUUUGCCCACAUCGAAGGCGCUUAUGGGGUCUAAGGUUGGUAGUGUUAAGCCUAGGGGGACGGUGACGGCUCACGUGCAAGCGCAUGGUGUUGCUAUGUUACGUCUGAGGGAGGUAAAGAGCAAUGAUGAGCUGUAA